CUGCCCCGCAGCGCCGCCGACGUCCCCGCCCGCUACAAGGAGCUGCCCUGGGCGCGCCUGGGCAUCGACGUCGACAACGGCUUCAAGCCGCUGUACGUGGUGCCGCCCGACAAGCGCCGCCAGAUCAAGAAGCUGAAGGACCUGCUGGCCACGGCCGAGGUGCUGUAUCUGGCCACGGACGAGGACCGCGAGGGCGAGGCGAUCGCCUGGCACCUGUACCAGGAGCUGAAGCCCCCGAAGGGGAUGGACGUGAAGCGCAUGGUGUUUCACGAGAUCACCCGCCCCGCGAUCGAAGCAGCCAUCGCGGAGCCGCGCGACAUCGAUCGCCGCCUGGUGGACGCGCAGGAGGGCCAGGCGCAUCCUGGACCGGCUAGCGUCGCGACCCGCAUCGUCGUCGAGCGCGAGCGCGAGCGCAUGGCAUUCGUGGUGGCCCGCUACUGGAGCCUGACGGCGACGUUCGGCGUCCCGGGUCCGGCGGACGCCGACGCGCCGCGCGACUUCACCGCGGCGCUUGCCACCCUGGACGGCAAGCCGGUAGCCGGCGGUUCCAGCUUCAAGCAGAACGGUGAGCUCAAGCGCGCAGGCACCGUCCACCUUGACGAGCCCGCCGCCCGCGCCCUGGCCGGCGGGCUGCGGGACACCGAGUUCCGCGUGCGCGCCGUGGAGCGCAAGCCGUACCGGCGCCGCCCGGCCGCCCCGUUCAUGACCUCCACCUUCCAGCAGGAGGCGGGCCGCAAGCUGCGAUUGUCGGCCACGGCGGCGAUGCGCGUGGCGCAGUCGCUGUACGAGAAGGGCUACAUCACCUACAUGCGCACGACAGCACCACGCUCUCGCAGGCCGCCCUGA